GAUGCAGCUGAGAUCUGGUCUGGAACUCUUUACACCAAAGCUAGUGUAGAUGAUUCCUCAAAAGAGCCCAUCCCAGAUACUGCUGGUCAGGCUCCAGCCUUCCCUGAACAGCCAGCUCAUCAUGAAUCUGAGGAAGAUUUUGAACCAUAUCCUCAGCCUGGUGACAGUCAAGGAGAAGAACCAUGGGAGGAAAUAGCCCAUGAUCUUAUUGGAGUAACACGUGAGAUAUCUUUGACAACUGAUAGUGACUCAAGAGAAGUCAAAGACUCUGAAGACCAGAAGACCAAAGCAUUCCCAAGCCCUGGAGAUCUGGCAGUUCGGCCUGAAGAUCUCAAGCCUGUUUCUAAAGAAAGAAGAUCUAGUGUAGGUGAAUCAUUCCCUUCAUUUAAAAGAAGAGAUAGUGGUGUUGCAGAAUUGUGCAAGAUAUUUGAAUCUCCUACAAAGAGCUAUGAUACACCUGUAUACCAGAGACCGAAACCAGUUGUGACAAGAGAGAAAAUCCAGGAUACUACUAAACCUUAUAAGUCUGUGGAAAUACCAGCUUGGCCCCCUAGCAAAGAAAAAGAUUCAUCUGUAAAGCCGUUCCCCAGACCAGUAGGGGACGUACCCCUGCCAUCCUACAAAGAUUCUACUGUGCCAAGGGAUCCAGUAACAGGCUGUAGGAUCUUCCUGGAAGAAAAGUAUACUCUCAUUCCAAGAGAUCAACAGAUAGAGAAGAUCACAGAUAUGCCUUCUGGAUCACCUGCAGCACCUGCUCCUUCACCUGAUUUCCCAGAAAGAAGAGAAGAUCUGGAACCAUUUGCAAGACCAUUUGAAUUUGGUGGAGAUUUCCGGUUCCCAGAAUAUGUUAGGCAAAAGUCUGAUACUGACAGGGAGCUGCAAACCCCCACGCAACCUCAAACACCUUCCUGGGAAGAAAGAUUAUAUCAGAAACAUAUGGAUAAUGUAACACCUACAUCUAUCCCUCAGACCUCAGAGACAGCACCUGGCUUGCCAGAAAGGGGUAUGGCACCGCCAGUAGAUGUAAGGCCACAGUUCCCAUCUCCACAAGAGAGUUACCCAUGCCCAGUUCCCUCUGAGGAGAUUCAAAGAGUUUCUGACAUUAGGUCAUCCCAGUUGUGGGUAACAGGUCAUUACCAACAGCCCACUUCUGCUGACCAAAGAAAAGACAUCCCACAAGAGGAAUCAACUCCUAUGUUACCUCCAACAUAUGCUGAGCUUGCAGCAAAGAUGGUACCAAGCUUCCCAACUCCAGGAGAAGCACCUGUGAGAGAUGGAAAAGAGCCUCCACAGUAUGCAGAGAGAGAAGAAACAAAGAGGGAAGAGGUGUUCCCAUUGCCUCUUGUCUCUCAAACUGAGGAAACCCUGCGAGAUGUGACAUCAGUGUCAGUUUGGCCAGAAAAGAUCUACAGUAGGGUAGAUGUCAGGGAAGGAGAGGAGAGACUAUCACCUGAAGGUGAUACAAAAGUUCCAGCACCUACUCUGCCAGCUGAGAGUCCACAAUUUGUUUCAAGAGAACCAGCAUUUCCAGUUCCUAUUGGAGAAUUCCCAGUGCCAUCUCAAAAGAAAGGUGAACCGCAAGAAGCAGAAAGAUCGAGUGAACUAUUCAAAGAUGUAUUGUACAUUCAUGAACCACCUGAGGAAGAGCUCAGACUCAUCAGUGAUGAAAAGUAUGUAGAAAAGGCAGCCCCUAAGUCACCAGAGUUCAAGAAGGAGCUUGUUGAUACACCAGUAGCUCCCUUCCCUGAACCAGGGAAGCCAUCAGCUACACCUAAGGAUGAGGAUAAGUUCCCAACUCCUGUUGUAGGUCUCGUUGAUGAGCCUCGAGAUGUAACAUCAACUCCUAAGUGGACAGAGGAACAGUAUGCUAGGAGUGAUGUAUCUGUGAAGGAUGUUGACAUCCCUCAGUAUGACACUACAGCAAUGUUGCCACCAGCACCAGUGAAAGCUCCUCCUUCAUCUAAAGACGAUACACCAUUCUCUCAGCCAGUAGGCGAAUUCCCAGAACCUACAGAGAAACCUGAUGACAGACCAAGUGUACCUGCAAGUCAGAUACACAUGGAAACCCUCUAUGCAAGAUCCCCUGAUGUAAAAGAAACUAGAGGAAUUGAGGAACAGAAAGACCUUGAACUUCCUUCUAAAGAAAGGCCCAAGUAUGAGGAAGUUGAUGUAGCAAAGGAGGCAGAACCAUUCCCUAUGCCAAAGGUGCUUGUUCCAAAAACUGAGAAGGUAGAGAUAGUUGAAGAGCUUUCAAAGCCUCAAGAACUCCCAUUCACCCCUCCAGAGUUUAAAGAAACGCCAAGCAAGAAGAUUAUUGAGGCAUUCCCAGAACCAGUAACGGUUCUAACUCAAGAAACACCACAGGAUGUUAUUUCAGUGUCACAAUGGAUGGAAGAACUCUAUCCAUCCAAAGAAGUUGUGGUACAAGAUCGUACACUAGAGGAAAGAGAAAGAAAAGAUAAAUUACCUGAAAUACCAGUAAAAGCUCCAGAGGACAUACCUGUGGUAGCAGAUUUCCCUCUUCCAGUAGGAGAUUUCCCAGAGCCUCUCAAAGAAGCAGGUGAGCCAAAGGAGGGAUUGAAAACUCAAUUAUUCUCAGAGAUUGUUUACAAAAAGCCAGAAGUGACAGAGGGCCCCAAACUUGAAAUUGAAGAAGAUGUUUGGGAGGAAGCUGUUUCAGAUAUUCCUGACUUCGGGAAAGCCGAUGAUGUUAAGGUUCAGGCUCCCUUCCCAGUUCCAGUAGGUGAUGUCUGUCAAACAGUUGAGUCCCAAGGAAUGGAACCACCUGUAUAUGAGGACAGUGAUGAAGACAAAUUUGAAGACUUUCCAGAAAUCACAACAAGCAUACCUGAUGAUACACCUGAAGAUGUCUCAACAGUCAGUCCAUGGCAGGCUGAUAUGUAUAAAAAGAGUGAGCCAGUGGAGGUGGGUAGGAUACCCCAAGUAACAGAGGAAAUCACUGUGCUUCCUCUACCAAUGAAGAGACCUGAAGAAAGGACACUGGAAGAAGGUUUCCCAGAACCAGAAGCACAAUAUCCUAAACCAGCUGAUGGUAUUGACGAGCCUCCUGCUGGCCCAGAUGCUGUCAAGGUAUUUUCAGAAGUUGUUUAUACCGAAGUGGUUAAGACUGAAAAACCUGAAGCAAUUGAAGGGCCUGAAGACCUCGAAUAUCCUGCAGUUCAACCACCAGCAUAUAAGGAAACCGAACCAGUGCCCACUGAACCUUUCCCUACCGUUGGUGUUCAGGGACCAGUAAUAGAAAGUAUUGAAGAAAUCAUUAGCCCUGAAGAAACUGCUACUACACGAAAAAUUGUACGGAGAGUUAUAAAGAAGAUCGUUAUAAUUGAUGGUAAACCAGUGGAGACAGAAGAAGUUGUAGAGGUGCCCGAAGAAGUUGAAGGAGCUCAGGAUGAGUCAGUCAUUACUGAGACUGUAACUGUGCCUGAGGGAGUUAUUACUACACAUAGAGUCAUCAGGAGAAGAAUUAUUAGGAAGAUUAUUAUGAUUGAUGGUAAACCUGUAGAGACAGAGGAAGUUGUUGAAGAACCUGAGGAAAUUAGUGAAGAGAUGCUUCAGGGAACACCAGCAGAUUCAGACAUCACUGAGACCAUCACAGAACCUGAUGAAGUAACUACCACAACUGUGCGUAGAAUCAUUAGGAAAAGAAUCAUCAAAAAGAUUGUAAUGAUUGACGGUAAACCUGUUGAGACAGAAGAAGUUAUCGAGGAGCCUGAGGAAAUAAGUGGAAAGAUGGUUGAGGAAUCUCCAGAAGAAUCAGUCAUCACAGAGACUAUCACUGAACCUGAGGAAGUUAUUACCACUCAUAGAAUCAUCAGGAGGAAAGUCAUCAAGAAGAUCAUUAUGGUUGAUGGUAAACCCGUAGAAACGGAGGAGGUUGUGGAGGAACCUGAGGAAGUCACUGAAGAGGAGUUGCAAGCCUUACCUAAAGACUCUGUAAUCACUGAGACCAUCACAGAACCUGAAGAGGUGACCACAACUCAUAGAAUCAUCAGGAGAAGAGUCAUCAAGAAGAUCAUUAUGGUCGAUGGCAAACCUGUUGAGACUGAGGAGGUUGUGGAGGAACCUGAAGAGGUUAGUGAAGAGAAGCUACAGGCUUUGCCUAAAGACUUUGUCACAACUGAAACCAUCACAGAACCUGAUGAAGUAAGUACCACAACUGUGAAUAGAAUCAUUAGGAGGAGAAUCAUCAAAAAGAUUGUGAUGAUUGAUGGCAAACCUGUAGAAACUGAGGAGGUUAUUGAGGAGCCUGAGGAAGUUAGUGAAGAGAUGGAUGAGGGAAUGCCAAGAGAUUCAGUUAUUACAGAGACUAUAGAAGAACCUGAAGAGGUGACCACGACUCAUAGAAUCAUCAGGAGAAGAAUCAUCAAGAAGAUCAUUAUGGUCGAUGGUAAACCUGUUGAGACUGAAGAGGUGGUGGAAGAGCCUGAGGAAGUAACCGGGGAAAUGAUCGAGGCAAAACCAGGAGAAUCAGUUAUCACUGAGACCAUCACAGAACCUGAUGAGGUGACCACAACAACUGUGCAUAGAAUCAUCAGGAGGAGAAUCAUCAAAAAGAUUGUGAUGAUUGAUGGUAAACCUGUAGAAACUGAGGAAGUAGUGGAGGAACCUGAGGAAGUCACUGAAGAAGAGCUGCAAGCCUUACCUAAAGACUCUGUGAUCACUGAGGCCAUCACAGAACCUGAAGAGGUGACCACGACUCAUAGAAUCAUCAGGAGAAGAAUCAUCAAGAAGAUCAUUAUGGUCGAUGGUAAACCAGUAGAGACCGAAGAGGUUGUGGAAGAGCCUGAGGAAGUAACCGGGGAAAUGGCUGAGGCAAAACCAGGAGAAUCAGUUAUCACUGAGACCAUCACAGAACCUGAUGAAGUGACCACAACAACUGUGCAUAGAAUCAUCAGGAGAAGAAUCAUUAAAAAGAUUGUGAUGAUUGAUGGUAAACCUGUAGAAACUGAGGAAGUAGUGGAAGAACCAGAAGAGGUCAGUGAAGAGGAACUACAGGCCUUACCUAAAGACUCUGUCACGACCGAGACCAUCACAGAACCUGAAGAGGUAAUCACAACUCAUAGAAUCAUCAGGAGAAGAAUCAUCAAGAAGAUCAUUAUGGUCGAUGGCAAACCUGUUGAGACUGAGGAGGUUGUGGAGGAACCUGAAGAGAUCAGUGAAAAGGAGCUGCAAGCCUUACCUAAAGACUCUAUGACAACUGAAACCAUAACAGAACCUGAUGAAGUAACCACAACUCAUAGAAUCAUCAGGAGAAGAAUCAUCAAGAAGAUCAUUAUGGUCGAUGGUAAACCAGUAGAGACUGAAGAGGUUGUGGAAGAGCCUGAGGAAGUAACCGGGGAAAUGAUCGAGGCAAAACCAGGAGAAUCAGUUAUCACUGAGACCAUCACAGAACCUGAUGAAGUGACCACAACAACUGUGCAUAGAAUCAUCAGGAGGAGAAUCAUCAAAAAGAUUGUAAUGAUUGAUGGUAAACCUGUAGAAACUGAGGAAGUAGUGGAGGAACCAGAAGAGGUCAGUGAAGAGGAACUACAGGCCUUACCUAAAGACUCUGUAAUCACUGAGACCAUGACAGAGCCUGAGGAAGUCACAACUGUACGUAGAGUUAUCAGAAAGAGGAUUAUCAAAAGGAUAGUUAUGAUUGAUGGCAAACCCGUUGAGACAGAGGAGGUUGUGGAAGAACCUGAAGACGUCAGUGAAGAAACAGUUAAAGCCUUACCUGCUGAUUCUGUUGUCACUGAGACUAUUACAGAGCCUGAUGUCACCACAACUCACAGAAUUGUUAGAAGAAGAGUCAUCAAGAAGAUCAUUAUGAUUGAUGGUAAACCUGUUGAGACAGAAGAGAUUAUUGAGGAACCAGAAGAUUUCAGUGAGGUAACUCAGGGUAUGCCACCAACUGACAUUGAAAAAGAAUUCCCACUUGUUGAAUCUGCUCCCCAUGAUGCACCAGAAGACUCAGAAGCUCUAGAAGUGUGGGAAGAAAAGUUCUACCCUGCUGAAGAUCACCAACCGUUGAGACCAGAGAGCAUCAAAGAGGACAAACAAGUGGCACCUGCAUUGCCAACAUUACCAAAGGAGCCUCCUACAAUGUAUGAGAGUACACCAGAUUUCCCUAAGCCAGAAGAAAAGUUUGCACUUCCCAUUGAGACUUAUGAGGAACCUGCUGAAUCCCCUGAUGUUAUUGCACACUUCAGUGAUGCCAUGUAUGAGGUUCCAGCAACCCAUGUUGACAAGCCAGCGAUAAUCCCAACCCCCAAACAACCUCCUGUGUUGAUGCCUGAAGAAGGAGACUUUGAGUUAGAAGAGCCUCCAGCUGGUGUCGCAUGGAGAGAGGAGUUAGUCACCACUCGUCAGAUAUCAUCAGAAGACUCGCCUCGUGAGGAAACCAGGCGCCAUUCUGAGGGCGAUGAAGUUGAUUUAGCCACUAGCCUUCCCAAAUCAGAUUCACAGGUGUCCAUUGUUAUCACUCCUGCUGAAGACCUGUCACCAGAGACCUCAACAGCAGAUAAUGACUAUACUGAUGCUGGAAGAACAACUUCGUAUGAUGAGACCAGCUCAGUCGAUGAGAUGUUCACAGCUGACGAUGACGUACUUGCAUCAUCAGCCACCUCAGAUAGAAUCACAGAUGAUGAGUUGUCUGAGGAUGCUCCAAGGGAGUUAACAGAAGAGUCUGAAGAAGAACUACCAGAAGAGGAGGUACAUCCAGAGGAGGUUGAAGUAGUUACACCUACAAGGGAGGAUACACCAGAGGAUAUUGAAGUGGUUUCAGUCACAUAUGAAGAAGCACCAGAAGCUAUUAAAAUCACUUGGGAAGAGCCUCCAGAUGAAGUAGAGGUGGUCACACCCACCGAAGAGAUCCCAGAAGUAGUGACUCCUGUUCAGGAGGAACCCAAGGAAAAGGGUGUGACACCCACACUUGAAGAUGAAUCUGAAUUCUUUGCUUCCACCCAAGAAGAGUUCUCAGAGGAUGAUUUUAAAGAAAGUGUUAGCAUUGUGUCACCUAUAAAUCAAACUGUCUCAGAAGAGAAACCUUCUGAAAUUAUUUUUGUAGCCCCUCCCAAGGAAAAGUCCCCUGAAAAGGUCCAGAUGGCUGCGGUUGAAGAAGUCAAGAUACCUGAAGUUAAGGAACGUCCAGAUAUACAUAAAAAGGCUGUUUCAGAGACUGAAAUGGUUUCAGUAGCUGAGAAAGCUGCCUCUAUUCCAGCUGCUUCUGAAACCCUAGAAAAGAUUCAGGUGGCCCAACAGGAGCCUGAAGAAAGUCAGGCAGAAAUUAUUUCUGUAAUUUCGGCACCUCCAAAGACCCCAGAAAGGAUACAAGUGAUGCCUCUCAUGCACGAAGCACCUGAGGAACUUCAGGAAGCAGAUCUUGCUGAAGAAACCCCAGAAAUGAUCUCUGUGAUCCUAACAUCUCCAAGGUCUCCAGAAAAGGUUCAAGUAGUGACUGAAGUGCGAAAAGAGCCCGAGGUAGUCACAGAAAGGCCAAAAGAAGAAACUCCAGAAAAGUAUCCAACUCCAGUUGAGAUGCCUGAUGAAAAGCAAAAGGAGUCUUCAGACAAGCGUGCAAUAGCAGAAGUUCCCGAAAUAAAACAGAAAGAAGCUGUAGAACAUGUAACUCAUGUUACAGUUGUAAAGGAUUCUGAUGCAGAAAAGGCACCAGCAACAGACGUUGAAAUAGUAGAGGAGAUCCCUAGCAUUGAGCCAGAAGAAGAGGAGGAAACUUACUAUGAGCCACAGGCAGACAAUAUUAGGGAAAGGACACCAUUAUCCCUGUAUACUACUCACGUGAACAACCAAUUUGUUACCAGUAUAGAUCUAGACUCCAGGCCUGUUGUUGAGGGCGUACAUCCAAAGGAUGAUUCGCAGGGUAUCCGAGACGAACUGAUUGAUGAACACACAGCUGGGCCACCAGCAGAGCCGCCUAGUGUGCCAUCUGCACCAGUUGAGCCCGUUGAAGAGCUAACAGCUGGUGCUCCCGACACAGAAGACGAUCGUAGCUUAGUUUCUGUUGAUACAGAAAAGUCUUUAGUAAAAUAUCCAACCACAGAAUUAGAAGUUAUGGAAGAAUGGUACACAAUUUAUGAGCUACUUAAACGAAAACAGAAAUUGAGAGAGGAGUCUGCGGCAAUAGUGGCUCCUUCUGCUCAGCUGUUAUUACCUUCUUCGAAACAGCCUUCAGGUGAUGAACAAAACACUCGUGUCGAUGAAAAUAUUGUCUUGCUGCAGGAUGCCAUAAAGAAGAAGGAUGUGGUGGUAGUGCAGAAGGUCAUUAUUACCAUUGUGGAAACAGUCACUACCUGGCUUGAGACUAUUGAGUACCGUAUAUACGUCAUCAGAAACACUGAGGACGUCCAUGAACGGGCUCAGCAGUAUGAGCACCUUCGUAACGAACUUCACAUUGUCGAGGAGAAGUUAACUAUCUUAGAGGAUGUGACUCAAUCUGCUGUAGAGAUCCUGAGUGAAGAGACAAUUGUAACCAUCCGAGAGACAGUUCGAUACCUCCGGCAACAGGUUAGUCAUGUUGAAAAAGUUCGUCAGGCAGAAGAGAAAGAACUAACACAGGACGAGGAAAGCUAUGCCCAGUACCUGACUGCAGUUGAUGAUGCAGAGAAGGAAGUGUCAGAUCUUAAAUCACAGCUUGCUGUCAUCCAGGACACUCAGAUGCAGCCGGAAGAGAAAGUCGCCAAGCUUGAGACGAUUCUGACAAGUAAUGAGGAAAUGAGAGACCGCAUAACCGAGUUGUUGCUCAGUUCGCAUGACUUGAGACGAACACCCGGACGGCAAGUUGGGACUGAGCUGGCGACCAUCCAGACUGAGCUGUGCGACAUCCACGACAGUGUUGAAAAAGAGUUGGACCGCCUCCUGCGUCUCACCACAACCACCACCGAGUAUGAAGAGACGCUUAUGGAACUGACGCAUCUCAUAGAGAUGGCGGAGAGCAUCCUGGAGGCUCGGGUGGUGGCUCGAGACCUCGACCACCUCACAGAUACCAUUGCCAAGCACAAGAAGCUCUUCCUGUCCUUACGGCAGUGCCAGAAGGUGCUGGAAUCGCUGGACACAUGCCUGGAACCCAGCUCGCGUGUGCACUACCAGCAAUUGUACUCUCGCUCUUACCUGAGGGCCUCAGUGCUCCUCGACAAAGCCACGCAACGGAACCAUCAGCUCUCCCUGCUAGAGGCGGAGUGGCUACGUCUCCUGAGUCAGCUGACGGAGGAGGAAGCUUGGACCGUCGCCGCAACGGAGCAAGUGACACAGCUGCACACCGUUGCCGCCGACACGUAUCAGGACAACACCAGCGCCUGCAAGGACCUCCUGGUGGAGAGCGUGACGCACGAGGCGCAGACGGGGCACCUGGUGGAGAUGGUGCGCAAGGUGAGCGACGCCAUCACGUGCACGCCCCUGGAAACCCGGGUGACGGCGCACCACCAGCGGACCACAGCACUGCGCCAGGACGUCGGCCGCCUGCUGGAGCGCCUCGAGGAACUGCACGUCCACUGGUCGGCGUACCAGACGCAGAUGGACAAGCUGCAGGAGUGGUGCUCGCAGGCGAAGACGUCCCUGCAAGAGAUCGACCUCACGCCGCAGGACCAGGAGAAGCUGAGGGAGCAGUUCAACCAGAUAUGGAAUCUCAAGGCCCAGUUUGAUAGUCAGGGUGUAUUGCUGAACGAAUGCAUGAACCACUUUGACAAGUCAGUGGGUCUUGUCAACAUGACGGAUGAAACCCAUCAGAGGCACUUCCUGUCGCAGUUCAAGGCCGAGUGGCGUGAGCUUGAGGAGCUCCUGCAGCAGAAGGAGCAGGAGCUACACAGGAUCCAGAUCCAGGUAGUUCCAGUGCCUCAGCUGCUGUCGGAGACCCAAGACACGCUAUCGGGGGUGGAAGUGGCCCUUCAGAGCAUCGACACUCACGUCACCUCCAUCCAGCAGCUCCGAGACAUAUCGGAGCAGUACAAGGUUUUGCGCAUCAAGAUCCUCAACAGCAAGGAGAACCUCGAACACCUAACCCAAGUCUCAACCUCCGAGGAAGAGCAGGACGAGGAGCUGCUCGAUACGUUGGGCCGCCUCUCACUCACGUGCCAGGAGCUCAUCUGCACCAUCCAGCAGCGCAUCGCCUCCCUGGAGUAUGUGCUUGACCACGUGCAGAAGGCCGUGAGCCGCGUGGAACGCAUCUCCCUCACCAUGAUGCACCUGGAGAGCACUCUCGAGCGCUGCCAGGCCGUCGAUAAGGAGGGCGAACAGAUCCUCAAGGCCGCCUUGCACUCGUGUAAGACCAUCUUCGAGGGUCUCGCUCGUGCCGAGGAGGACAUCAACAAAGUCAAGCAGUCCCUGGAGACCCUCCGCAAGGACCCGCACCACCCGUGCCACCUGGCCGAGCUAGAGGCCCAGAUCGAGACUCUCCAGGCCAGACUCAAGUCCAUCUCCGAGAGCAUCAAGGAGACCCGCAGCAGCCUCAAGAGCCGCCUGGAUGUGUGGCAGAAGUUCAUGUCGUCAUCCGACGCCGUGGACAGCUUCCUGCAGGAGGUUGAGUACCUGAUGGAAGGGGCGCCUGACCUGGCCUCUGUCAACCAGGACGCCCUCAAGAGUCACGUAGAGGAGCUGCAGAGACUCCAGGGCUCCAUGUCCAGCAACGAAGGCCUGUUGGAGAUGCUAAGGACGCAGGCCGUCCAGGUGGAGAAGAAGGACGUCGUGGAGACGCAGCUCACCCGCUGGAGCAACGUGUCACAACGCCUUGUCUCGGUUAUCUUACGCUACGAGACCGCCUUGCAGCUGUGGUCUCGGUUCCUCACGGUGCAGGAGGAGGUCAAGGUGUGGGUCGAGUCCAAACUCACCCUCAUCGUCUCCCUUCAGUCCCGUGGCAUCGGAACCGAAGAACGAGGACAGAUUCAGGUGCUGGUGGGAGAGGCGGCGUGGUCGGGUGAGCGCGUGACGGAGCUGCGGCAGCUGGCACGACAGAUCCAGCUGCACGUGGCAGAGGACGCCGCUCGCGACACCCCGCUUGUGGCUGAGGUCGAACGCCUCGGCUUCAGAAUCACCAACCUGACGGAGGCCAUCACGCAGCUCAGCAACAACCUAAGCCUGCAGGCGGACCAGGAACAGCAGCAGAAACAGGAGCAGGCCCUCAAGCAGCUGGAGGAGGGUAUUAACGGGGCGCACACUCUGCUGGCCCUGCCCGAGCCGCCCGUCGAUGAGGCUGCCGUGCGCGCCACCCAGCUGAAAGACCAGCUGGUCGCGCUGGGCACGUCGGGCGGGCCCAUGCUGGAGGCGGGGCCCGCGCAGGUGGUGAAGGCCUGGCAGACAGCCGUGCGAGAUACUCACACGCGCUACGAACAGGUGGUGGCGGGUCUUGGCGGCGACGACGAGCAGCUGGCUGCCGCGCUCACCACCUGGCGCCAGUACGUGGAGAGUGUGGAGGCCGAGAUGUCGGCGCCGGCGCCGGCCUCGCGCGAGGGCCUGCACGAGGCCUCCCGCCUGUGCCAGGUGCACCGCUCCAUCCUCACCACGCAAACCAACGUACUCACCACGCUCCAGGAGCAGGCGCAGCAGGAGGACGCGCCACCCAGAAUCAAGGAUCUGCAGGGCCGCCUGCGAGAGCUUAUCCUGCGCCACAAGACCGUCCUGACCACCGUGACGGAACGCGAGCAGGUGCUCCUGAGGACCAUCACCACCUGGGAGACGUACCGGGUCAAGGUGGCUCAACUGCAGACCUGGAUCCUUGCCCUCGAGCAGGAGAAGCAGGGGCUGCAGCUGCGCCAGGUUGCCCGGCGACGUCUCGACAAGGUGAUCAGUCGCCUGCAGUCUUUGCUUGAGCAGCUGACCCGUGGCGAGGAGCAGGUAGAGGACGUGGCCAAGCUGUGCCAGCAGCUGGUGGCGUCAUGCGACCCGAGCAUCCACUCGAUCCUCAAGGCCGAGCUGGCGUCUCUGCAGCAGCGCGUGACCAACAUGCGAGCCGGCGUGGAGACCUGGCUCGGCUACCUGAGCCGCAGCUCCGACCUGUGGCGGCGCUACGAGGAGAACUAUGCCAAACUGCACACCAUCUUGAGUGAGAUGCAGGCUGGCCUGUCGGCCGAUCUGCCCUCGGACUUCAGCAGUGUGCAGGAAACCAUCAAGAAAUACAAUGAGACAACAGCAUCCCUUGAGGCCCUUAGCGGCGACCUGUCUCUGCUUAGGACCACGAGGGAGGAAAUGGUGGAUUCCCUGACCCCGUCCGACCUCCGCCUGGUCACCCAGCGCAUGUGGAGGGUGACGCAGCUGCAGGCCGAGCUACUCCACCAGUACAGGCUGAGGAUCAGCACCCUGGAGGAUAAGCUGGAGCUGUGGCAGCUGUACGACACCCGGUACCAGCAGUUCCUCGCGUGGGCCAAGGACAUGGAGGCCAAGAUCGACGGCGGUUCCGAGCAGUACAUCGACACCCUUAUCAGGAAGCUUGAACACGACUACCAGGAGGACAUCAACACGAAGAGCAUCGAGAAGUUGUGGUUGAUCUCGGAGGGCGAGGAGCUCCUCUCCUGCAGCACCGAGGACCAGGCCUCCGACCUCAAGAACAAGAUGCAGAACAUCGAGGCCACCUGGAAGCACAUCCAUGACAAGUGCACCAACAGGAAGCAGAAGCUGCAGGACAUCGUCACGACCAUUAACAAGGCUGAAGUCACUCUCGCCGAGUUGAAGGAGUGGCUCUUCCUGAUCGAGAAGAAGCUCUCAAGUCCCGUGGUGUUCCAGAACAGCUCCAAGAAGGAAAUCGACCGCCUACUCGAGGCGGAGGAGGAGGUGCGCAAGGAGAUUGAGAAGCAGAGCGGAACGAUAUCCUCCGUCCUGAAUCUCUGCGAUAUGGUCAUUCGCGACUGCACUGAGUUCGACGCCAAUGGCGACACAGACUCGCUGCAGGAAGCCCACCAUAAUCUGGAGAGGAGAUGGGGCGAUAUUUGUACCCGAUCUGCUGAGAGGAAAGUAUUCAUUCAGAAGACUUGGAAAAUGUGGCAAGAGCUGAUAGCUGUGAACACCGCCUUUGAGACGUGGCUGACCAGCAUGGAGUCGAGGAUGAGCAACAUCACUGCCUCCUCGACGAUAGUGACUUACGCCAGCCUGGAGGAGCGGAUCGCCCAGGUACACGAGCUGCAGCCCCUCAUUCACGACCAGACGCUGCAGUAUGAACAGCUCAACCAAAAGUACCGUGUCUUGGCGCGCCCUUACGGCAGAGAGAACAGGCUUGACCAGGAGAACGAGAUCCGCACGAAGGUCAAGACCUCAAAUGCCAGAUUCCACACUCUCAACUACCACAUCACUGUCAUCCUGCGACGUUUGAGGUACAGCGGCAGGAUUUACGAAGAGUUCAUCAGCACGAGAGAGAGCCUCCUGGGCUGGCUGAACGACUUCGACCUCAAGGUGUCUGAGUACGACAACCAGAUGCACUCGGACCUUGAACAAAAGAAAAAGUCCCUGCUGGAGCUCGUGGCCGAGUACGAGAGGCACGAGGAGGACCUCAGGAACUUCGAUGCUAUGAUCUCGUACCUCUACCAACGAAGUUGCUACACAGACUGUCUGAUGAUCGAGGAGAGCCUCGAGGAGUACUGGAUCAUUAGGAAACACCUACACAGACGCCUCUUGAGCCUGCAGGACGCCAUCGACGUGGAGAUUACCACUCAGAUCACCAACGCUUCUGCGACCAGGCUGUCCGAGGAGCGCUCGCUCGGGGACCAGCAGGAGCUUGAAGGCGAGGACGACUAUCGGGUUCCUUUGGCCGCUGACGUCAACCUGGAGACGACCUUCACCACCACGGACGUCUCGCUCAUCGGGGCCGUCGGCGGAAGGUCUCUGGCGAUGGAGAUGAAGGCGGCGCUGGAGGAGAGCAAGAGACUGCUGAGGCAGUUGGAGGAAUCGCUCAAGUGCCCCACCCCGCAGGGAGCUGAGGUCGACAAGACGUAUUACUCCUUCUCCAAGCAGUUGGCCGGAUGCCGGUCUUCCGUAGACCUCCUGAGUUCCCUGAAGCAGCACACGGGCGACGACGCCGAGGCCAGGGAACUGCACCCGGAGAUCGAACUCGUCCUGGAGGAGUUCACCCAACUCGAACUCCUCUCGCAAGCCAAGCAACAGAGGCUGAAGGAGAAUAGCGAGACGUCUUCCCUGACGUGCCCGCUGUGUUGCAGACGCAAUUGGCAGCAGUUCGAGAACGACAUGUGGCGCCUAGAACAAUGGCUCACCCACGCCGAAGCCACGCAGACCACGCAGCACAGCCCGCCCACGCCCAUGGAGCAGCUGGAAGAGGUCGCCCAGGACCACAGGGAGUUCCUGAUGGACCUGGACGGCCACAAGUCGGUGAUCAUGUCGCUGAACAUCAUCGGCAAGCACCUGGCCGAGCAUACCCGCGACGAGCGCCGUGCCACGCGCGUGCGGGACCGCCUCACCGCGGCCAACCAGCGCUGGGAGGCCGUGUGCGCUGCUGCGUCCGUGUGGCAGGCCAAGCUGCAGACGGCGCUCAUGGGCAACGCCGAGUUCCAUUCCACCAUCUCAGACCUGCUCGCCUGGACGGACACCACCGAGGAGAGCCUGCACAAGAUGGCGGCGGAGGAGGAGACGGAGGAGGCCGCCCUGCGCGAGCGCGCUGGCCGCGUUCUGGACGUGCGGGCUGAGGUCGAGCGGUGCGAGCCGCGCGUCGCGUCUCUGCACGAGGCGGCGCAGCACCUGCUCACCACGCAGCAUGACGACCAGUGCGCGGCCGUGCGCGAGCGCCUGGCGCUCCUCUCGCGCCGCCUGCAGCUGCUGCUCCAGCUGUGCUCGCAACAGCUUACCCAGCUGUCGCAGCUUCUGGGCCAGGACUUUACCAGCUCGCUGGCGUCCCUGGCGUCGUCGGGGCUGUACGAGUCUGCCGAGUUCUCUUUCUCGCGGCCAACUUCACCAAGCUCCCUGACUGCCAGCUUCCAUUCCGAUGUGCAUGACGGUUACGGCGCGGAGGGCGGCGACGAAGGCGUAGUGAGACGCUCCUACAGGUUCUUCGGGCGUGUGAUGCGAGCCGCCCUUCCUAUCCAGGCCUUGAUGUUGCUCAUGCUUGGGGUGGCGUCUCUCGUGCCCACCUCUGAGGACGACUACGCCUGCAACAUGGCCAACAACUUCGCCCGGAGCCUCGACCCGAUGCUCAGAUACCCCAACGGACCUCCGCCAUUCUAAGAUCGCCUGUCCGAGGUCGUCCUUCGAAGGUCCCGUCUCUCCCCUCUCUUCGGAUGCUCGUUCUCCUACUCCUACUCCUCCUCGACAACUCUGAGGGCGCGGGGCGUUCUCGUCUUCCUCCUGCGGGAUCCGACUCUUAGUGAUAGACACGCAACCUCUCGUUCCCAAACCAAAAUGCGACUCACACACAAACUCCUGAUAUUGAUUACCGAGGUGUUUUAAAAUAUCCGAUUGUGUUUUAUCGUAGGUAAAACGUACCUGUUUUAAGUGAAGGAAAACUGCGUAAAUAUAUAUAUAGGUAAAUAUAUGAAUAAAUAAAUAAAUAUAUAUAUAUUCUAAUGUUCAGCUAACAGAUGCAACAUGAUUAGUUUAGUGAAACUGGAAGAGAAAAAAAAUGUUUUAUGUUGUUUGUUUGUUUUUCGUUUAGGUUUAUUCAGUUUUGUGAAUUGAAAGCACAUGGUAAAGUUGUUGAUUUUUUUUACUGAUUGAAAUAUAUAUAUAUGAUAUUUUAAUGGUGAUGUAAUGGUUCAAAAAGUUCCUUAUGUAAGUGCCCGCCGUUCUCGAUUGGUGAUGAAGGAUCCUGUCAACAAAGCUUCAUCUCUUUUAUUUUUUGAAUAAUAUUUUUUUCGCCCAGGUUAAGGAUGUAAACGCUGUUUGUUGUUAUAUAUAGUCAAGGAAAUGCUUAAUGUAGUAAAAUUACCUUUUUAAUCCCCUUGGCUGUGACUGAUAUGUCUUCAACUCGUUAGAAAUGGAACUCUGUCUUACGCUUUAACUUUUUUUCUCGCUCGCUCUUCACACUUUCGUCUUAUUUCUCUCUUUCUCUUUUCCUAUGUAAAUGGACAUAUAAGCGUGUGUGUGUCUAGAGGAGUUGGACAAUUUCGUGUGGAAAUAAACACACACACACACACAAGAUGAUAUUGAUAUGAAUAUACGAACGCAUGUCUGAAGAUCUGUCAGCCACACACACACUACAAUGACGUUUAUUAUACCUGACUACCCAAGUACGGACAAAAAAAAAAAAAAACCUGGUGCUACCAUCUAUCUAUACUGUAUAUGGUGAUUUUUGGAAAGGCUGAUUGUGGUACUGGUGUUUAGGUGCUAUAUGAAUUUUUACAAUGACCUGAAAGAAAGAAAGAGAGGACUUUUUAUUUUACUGAAAAAAAACAAGAAAAUGAUUUUUACAGAGAGAAGGUAUUAUUGUGUGUUCAUUUGGAUCUUUUCCUUUUUUGUUCUCUCAAUUUGAAUUUGAAUUGUGAAUUCGAUGGACUCAGGUUGAAGAGUUGGUUUUUAUUAGUAAUUUUAAGAGAGAUUAAUUAGAAAAAAAGUGAAUGAAAAGUGAUAAUAUCUUAUAGGAGUCAUUUAAGUCAUCGUAAGGCUGUACUCUGUUAACUGUAGGUGAUAUUUAUUUUCUUUUUUUUUCUUGGUUUAUUUUCUUUUUUUUUUAUUUACAUCCCUCUAGAUCACAGUUAACUGCCGAUGAUGACUAAGGGUUUGUCUCGUGUUAGACUACCCCCCCCCCCCAACUUAUUUAGGUGUAUAAAUCUUUUAUCAGUCAUUUGUGAUAAGUGUUAAUGCUCCUCGCCCACUGUUGGAGCUCAUCUGCUAUAAGGUUUAUGGUUUAAGCAUAUUUGAUAUUUGGAAUUUGAUCUUUUUUUAGGUAUAUUGUAAUUCACGAGGAUAGAAGUGAUUAUUUUCAUCAAAUGUACUUAGCAAUGAUUUUUAAUUCUUACAUGGCUGAGAUAUGCUACCCUUCCUUUUUUUUAAUCUCCCUUUCCUCUCCCUCUUUCACCCUUUUCCUUGUAAAUACACCUUUUCCUUAUGUUAUUGUUUCUGUUACCUCUUCCCCUUCCUUUUUUUUAUUUUUUCUUCCUAUUUUUACCUAAUUUUCUCCCCACGUUAUCCCAUUUUUCUUUUUUCUUUCUUUCUCUCACUCCAUCUCCGUUUUUCUUCCCUUUCUCCUUUUUGUAUAUUAGCGGCAUUGCUGAAAGCCAGUCAUAGUAAGAGAAACCACUAAUGCAGUAAGGAAUGGACGGUUAACGUGGAACUUAACCUUCUGUUUUUCAGGAGACGAUGGUUAGUUGGACAGACCAAAAAAAAAAACAAAAAAACGCAGGACAUAAAAAAUAUAUAUAUCAUAAGAAAAAUGUGAAAAAAAUAUGUUUAAAACAUCACUAUCCCUUUAAAGGCUUUAUGCCUACGGGUUGCCUUAACGUGUCCUUGGCUUUGUCGCGGAAGUACAGGGGCGUGUAGGUAUAUGAUCUAGAAAAAAAUAUUAGGGCUGUUGGCUCCAUCUCUCUGACACUGUAUUUUGUGUUUCUGUAAAAUGACUGGUGGGCGGCAGUGUUAUAAAAUCAAAUUUGAAAUGAUACACUUGUCAAAGAAACUAUUUCCUCGUGUAUUAAAUUUUUGUCAGUAUGUUCUUGUUUUUAUUAUUCUAUUAUUAUUUCUUCUUCUAGUAUAGGGUCUAUAAGCUUAUUCGCUUUGGAUGCUUCUUGAUGCAGAUAAUAAUCAUUUUUGUUAUGGCUGGCCAAAGAAAGAAUGUGUUUGUUUGUUCUCUCUCGUUUUUUUUUCAAUAUUUUUUUUUAUUUCAAAUACGUGGCGAUAUGAUAAGGUCAUAAAGUUGAACUAUAGUGCCUGAACUAGAAUGUCCCUAGUUUGUGCAGGCUGUGAAGUUUGUGCCAUAGAUACGUGACCAGCCAAUAGGAACAAAGAGCGCGAAUGCCUAGCCAAUCAAAAACAAAACAUAACAUAAAAAUAAAUAUUUCAAAAAUAUGUUACAAAAAAUUCAUAAUCUUUCACACUAAAAAGUAAAAAAAAAAAAAUGCUUUGCCCAGCCAUUGGCUAAUCAAAACUGCUUCAACACCCAACCAAUAGCAGCGUCGGACUUCCAUCCAGUAGCAUCGCUUUCUUUCGCCAGUGUUGUAGCAGAGCACGCGCUAAGGGCGGUCGUUUAUACCAUGGUGUGAGUUCUAUUCAUACAAAUAUACGUGUUCUUAUAAA